AUGGCGGAGAAGGGCUGCCUCAAGCGGCUCCAGAAGGAGUACCACGCGCUCUGCAAGGAGCCGCCGCCGCAGAUCGUGGCUCGCCCGCUGCCCAACGACAUAUUGGAGUGGCACUAUGUACUUGAAGGAAGUAAAGGCACACCCUUUGAAGGUGGAUAUUACUAUGGGAAGCUCAAAUUCCCACCGGAUUAUCCUUUUAAACCUCCAAGUAUCUGCAUGACAACCCCUAGCGGCAGGUUUGCGCCACACAAAAGAAUAUGCCUGUCAAUGAGUGACUUUCAUCCUGAAUCUUGGAAUCCAAUGUGGUCUGUUGCAAGCAUUCUCACUGGGCUCCUGUCCUUCAUGAUGGAUGAUGCACUGACAACUGGAAGCAUCAAGACAUCAAAUGCAGAAAAGAGACGUUUAGCAAAAGCUUCCCUUGCCUACAAUUGUGAGAGCAAAAACUGUCCACACUUCAGGAAACUUUUCCCAGAGUAUGUUGAGAAGUACAAUCAACAGCAACAAUUGGAGAACACUGCUGCAGAGCCAGUGCCUCAGGAGAAUCCUGCACCUGCUCCAUCCCCUGCUGUCCAGCAAGCUCCGGUCGUUGCCAAUAGGGCGCAGCCACUGGCGGAGGCGCGCCGUGACAAGAACCAGAAGAAGGCGGUGCCCUUCUGGAUGGUGCUGGUCAUGUUUUCAGUUUUCGGUGCAGUGAUGGCGUUGCCCCUAAUGCAACUUUGA